AUGGAGGAUAUUAUUAAGAAACAAACUGUCUUAGGCGGUUUUAUCUCCCGUAUGUGGGUAAAUUUGCAAAAGCUCGGGCAAGCGAAAAUUACUCCGACGGAGAUUAAUACGCGCACCGAGCGUCUUAACGAAUACUGGCGCCAAUUUCAAGACCAGCACUUUCUCGUGAUUGUGAAGCCGGAAGCCGACAAGACUGAAUAUGUUCGGCGGGAUUACUUCACGACAAUCGAGGAAAGCUAUUUUGAGGUGCGACACAAAUUCGCGGAAGCGUUAGCCGAUUUGACUCCGACCCGCGCAACUGGCCAAUCGGCGCACGAUCGUACGCACGAUUCAAGUUUCGGCGACGAGGCGUCUGUAUUUAAACAGAUGCAAUUGCCGAAGAUCACGCUGCCGAAGUUUUCAGGCGAUCAGCUCGCGUGGGAGGGUUUUCGCGAUUUAUUCCGCUCACUCGUGCACGAUGUCUCAACGAUCUCCAAGGUGCAAAAGCUGCAAUACCUGAAGAGCAGCUUGACAGGCGAGGCGGCACAUGUGGUGGACAGCGUUCCUUUGACCGACGCCGCCUAUCAAGGUGCAUGGGAGGAUCUACUAGCAAGGUACGACAAUCCUCGCAUUCUUUUGUACGCUCAUAUGCGUAAUUUACUGUCUUGCCCUGCCGCAAGUGCUAAAGCUUCGCCAGCGGAAAUAAAGCGCUUACUCGGAGUGACCUUGCGCUCGCUUAGAGCAUUUAAGUCGCUUAAAAGACCAGUCGAUCACUGGGACGACUGGGUGGUCCAUCUCCUUGUAAGCAAAUUAGACGCGGCCACCCGCGUUCAUUGGGAGACCUCGCUCGCGGACUCUCGAGUUUUUCCCACGUUCAAGGAACUCCAACGCUAUUUGGAGAACAGGAUACGCGCUUUAGAGGCAGCCAAUCCAGAGUCGAUUCUCAGCCGAUCCACGCCAGCGGUGGUGGAAUCUUCGAGGAAGCCCACUCGCGUGUCGUCUAACGCCGCCACGACUUCCAAGCCUAAAGCGGACAAAGGCUGCUCGAUGUGUAAGGCAAACCAUCUCCUGCCUUAUUGCUCGAAGUUCAAGGCGCUGGCCGUCGAACAACGUGGCGAGCACAUAUGGAAGACUGGGUUGUGCAGCAACUGUCUGCGUUCGGGACACGGAACGGAUUCAUGUCAGCAUACUGGACGCUGUCUGGUGUGCGGAGGUAAACACCAUACCGUGGUGCAUGGUGGAUGUCGUUCAGGGUCGCGUGCGGAUGAUGGAAAGCGGUCCAAGGCAGAGACGACGAGCGACCUGUCAACUAGUGUUUUGGCGCUCGCUAUGAACACUGGUCGAACCAUGUUACUUUCCACAGCGGAAGUGCUUCUGCAAGGUCCCACCGGUGAGACUCUGACGGUGCGGGCGUUAUUAGACUCAGGUUCGGAGGUGUCUUUUGUGACUGAAUCAGUGGUACAAUCGCUGCGAUUGAAACGCCGAAGUGUUGAUGUCGUGGUCGCAGGACUACAGGGCACUCGAACCGGUUCGGUGUCCUCGUCGGUUCGUGUCGCAUUGCGGUCUAGACUUUCUCCAGCUUCGGAGAUCGCGGUGGACGCGUUCGUUCUUCGUACGCUCACUAACCUUAUCCCGUCUAGGCAUGUUUCAGGAUGCUCAUGGCCUCACAUUCAGGGUCUGCAGUUAGCCGAUCCGCGCUUUGAUGUGCCAUCUCGCAUUGACGUCAUCCUGGGCGCUGACGUUUACGGUCAGGUGCUACAACCGGACGUACGACAUGGUGAACCUGGUUCGCCUACAGCGCAGCUCACUUCGCUCGGCUGGGUGUUACUCGGAACAUUAUCUACACGCAGCGGAGGUACCGUAAACAGCCAGUUGUCGGUCCAUCACGUACAGGCGCGAGAUGCGCUGGCUGCUGUUCUCCAACAGUUUUGGGAACUGGAAAAUGUUGGAGCGGACAAACCGUUGAGCCCUGAGGAGGAACAAGCUGAGCAGCACUUCGUGAGCACGCACUCCCGUGACGCGGACGGGAGAUACGUAGUGCGUUUGCCACGCCGCACGGGACCCACUCGACUAGGGGCAUCUCGACCAGCGGCGCUAUCAAUGUUGCUGUCCUCGGAAAGGCGGCAAGCGAGGCAGCCGGAACUUCGGCGAAAGUACAACGACUUCCUGACGGAGUAUUUGGCGCUGGACCACAUGGAGAUCGUCCCACGAGGGCACGCAGCUCCUAGUGAGGCGUACUACAUGCCACACCACGCCGUCUUUAAGGCGUCUGAUCCGGCGUCAAAGAUCCGUGUAGUUUUCAACGCCUCUGCCCGUACUACGUCAACUUACUCCCUGAACGACUGCCUGCUCCCAGGGCCGCGACUCCAGGCGGAUCUUUGGCUGGUCAUCACUUGA